UAACUUGUGACGCCAUUCUUCGAUGGCGCACCGUCAUGUUGAAGUCAAACUUUAUUCAAUUGAAUAAGAUCUGAGGAUAUUAAUCCGCCAUGCUUUCUUUGACUGCAUUAGUGUUACUCCUUCUGGGAACUAUCGUCGUCGACGGGGCAUCUCAAUGUCGUAAGAACUGGCAGCAGUAUAGUACGGCUUGCUACUAUCUCAACAGCGAUACACUGACAUGGGAAAGUGCUCAGGCUUACUGCGAGACACAAGGCGGUCAUCUGGCCAGUAUUGCAGAUAGCGGUGUUAAUGGUCACGUGGCUGGGGUCAUGAGUGGAUAUUCCAAGGCACACAUCGGUAUAACUGACACUGAUAGUGAUGGAACGUGGGCUUGGUGGGACAGAAGCUCAUUGAGUUAUACAAACUGGAACUCUGGAGAACCGAAUGGAAACUUUGAGACCAACUGUGGAGGGAUGUACUCCAGUGGAACAUGGGAUGAUUAUCCCUGUACCACCAGUAUGGUCAGCGUAUGCAGGGCACCGAUACAGUACACUGCAACGAAGACCGGUUGCACCUGUCCCUAUGAUUCGACCCGUACGGACUGUGCGUGCUGUGUGACGGGUGGAACACAUUGUGGUCAACUGUACCCCAACGAGUGUUACUACUCCAGUUCCUCAGAGUGUGGAACUGAUGCUAAUGAUCCCAUUGAUGAUUGGCAGCUUGUAAUGAAGGUGACGCGAGGAUCGAGCAUUAACGUCUAUGACUUGUAUACGGGAGCAUCGACUUACAACGACGGCUCGACCACGGCUAACAUUCUCACAUCGACAUCGGUAACAUACAAGAGUUCUGAAGCGAAUAGCUACGAUACCAGCUCGCUUGAACAGAUCAAGUUCGCUUACUAUUCUAGCGGUGUUGAGGUCCGGAGCUUGACGUUCGACACAUCAGGAACUAGUCGCACGUCCUGGUAUCAUACAAACUACAUAAGCUAUGCACCUUAUACUGACAUCUACACGGAUACCAAGAACUACGAAUCAAUGGCAGGUACAGGCACUAGUGGACAGCGCAGAUUCUUCAUCAAUCGCAACUACGGAGGUUGCUCUAUCGAUGCCGGUUGGGUCGUGGUCAUUGACUACGGUACUAACCAUGGAUGUAGUUGGGAUGGAUACUACGGUACACCUUUCUUCAUCUACAGUGCUGCCUCUACAUAUCAGACAUGGGACUCGGGAAGUAGAGGUUUCCCUGACACGGUUGCGUUUCUUCACAAGUACUAUGAUGAUGGGAAUAAUGACCAGACUAUAUGCGACUCUGGUUGGGCGCGGAACCGUAACGGUUGCUAUAAACUCGUCGAAUCGACGUCCAAAUUUCGCGAAUCCAUGGCGGCAUGUCGAGCUCUUCACGAUGAAGCUGACUUGGUUAGCGUCUCUGAUCAGGAAGAGAAUGACUUCCUACUCAAGCUCUCUAGACGGACCUUCGAGACGAAUACUUACUGGAUAGGGUUCACAGACGUGGACGAAGAGGGAACGUGGGCCUGGUCCGAUGGGUCGGUGGAGUCCUACACCAACUGGUAUUCUGGAGAACCGUCUGGUGGGACUGAAAAUUGUGCCGCGCUACGCUGGAGUUCAGAUGGAACGUGGAAUGAUGCUAAAUGUUGGAGUUCAUAUGGUUACAUCUGUAAAUAUCCUCUCAAUAAAGUGUCAUGUGCAGAUUGGAAACGUAAAGGCUACACAUCGAGUGGAUACUAUACCAUUGAUCCUGAUGGUAGAAACACCGGUGUCGAACCAUUCCGAGUAUAUUGCGAUAUGACGACGGAUGCUAGCACAGGCAUUACGAUGAUGUCCCAUCAGGAGGAAUAUCGAUCACUAAUUACUGGAUAUGAGAGCGCUCGAAGUGGGUCACGAUCAAUCCGUUACGGAGAUCGAAGUAUCGCUCAGGUUGCCAUGACAGCAGAUAUCAGUUCAUCGUGUUCUCAAUACAUCAAGUACGAAUGUCACGGUUCCUAUAUGACUGGCUAUACCGCCUGGUACGACAGAGAUGGCAACCAGAAGAAUUACUGGGGCGGUGCCACGACUGAUAGCGGACAGUGCGCUUGCGGGAACUCUGGCACCUGUACCAACGGUCACCACUGCAACUGCAAUACCAACGACAAUAACUGGAGAGAGGACUCGGGGUAUCUUACCGAUAAGACUACCUUACCGGUCACUGAAAUGAGGUUUGGUGAUACAGGAGACGCCAGCGAGUCAGGGUACUAUACACUAGAACCCCUUUACUGCAAGGGAGAUGAAUCUUACAUCGUCACUGACCGUACAGAUUUCAUGUUAAUCAGAGAGAGGCAUCUAUCGGGUUAUAACAAUGACCAUCAGUCAGGUCUCACCGUCAACCAGUGCGCCGCCGCCUGUGUGGCCGCUACGAGCUUCUUGUGUCGCUCUUUCGACUUUCAUCCAUCAGAUGGCGGUUGCUAUUUGAGCGAAGAGAAUGAUCAAACCGUCACCACCACCAGCGGGGCUGACUACCAUCUCCUUGUCCGAAUAAUGGACCCCAUGGUAGAUCCUUAUUUAGAGUCAAACAGUUGUUCAAACGGAUGGCUACAGCGGGGUUCUUACUGUUAUAGACCCUACCAUGGAUUAUAUACUUGGCUCAAUGCAGAGAUAUAUUGCCAACAGCAAGGAGGUCAUCUCGUGACCCCAUCAGAUUUAGACGAGUAUGACUAUGUAAAAAGAAUAUUUAGAUGGGCACAGAGGGCUGUCACUGUAUUCUGGAUUGGACUAAAUGACAUCGAAGAAGAAGGUACGUGGAAGGAUGCGGAAGGUAAUGACGCAGUUUACACAAACUGGAAAAGCGGAGAACCAAAUGGAGGAAUCAGUGAAAACGGGGUUCUCAUGUAUGUAUUCUCGUCGGAUGAAUACAUUGAUUCAACAGUACAGACUGGACAACAUUUCUUCUGCAAAGAGGCCAUAGGAGCAGGAGUUAUUGCCCAGCCAACCACUCACCCGCUGUGUGAUAGCAGCGACUGGGCCUGGGAUGACCAUAGCUGCUACUUCUUUGGAACUAACACCAAGUCUUGGUCUGAUGCGCAGGACUACUGUCAGGAUCUAGGAGGAGACUUGGUAACCAUAGAAACCGAGAGAGAAUUCAAUUUUUUGGUCGACCAUUAUCGCUAUCGGUAUUCAAACAGGGGAUUUUGGAUCGGACUCAAAUACAUGUCAGAUGGAACAUACCGAUGGGAGACUGAGAUCUCUGAGUACCCAUCAGAUGGUUCGCAGUGGGACAGCGGCAAGCCUGACGGGGCAGCAUCGGGGCAGCAUUGUGUCGAGUUCUCCGCAGCUCAGAGCUAUAACGACGAAGACUGCUCGACAGCUUUGUACUACAUCUGUGAAAAAGAUACUCUCCCGACAUCCUAUCCACCAUCCUUCAGCCUCGAUGUAAGAGGACCCACCGCUAUACUCCUCUCCUGGAGCGCUCUACCACAGGCUCAACAAAACUCGGAUAUCACGGGAUAUUACAUUCACUACUGGCCGAGAAACAAGCAAAAUACGAACAACGUCACGAUUGACGUCACAGGUCUGAGUACCUACACGUACCACCUAACGGGCAUCGCAGCCGACACCACCUUCGAAUUCAUCAUCCAGGCUUAUACCGAGCAGGGAGUCGGACUAGAGACUGAUCCACCCAUCAAUGGCACUACAGAGGUGGCAUUUGUGCGUAACUCUGAGAGCCGCAAAGCAAACUUUAUCCUGAAGAAGAACUACCGUCUAAAAAACCACGCCCUCUACGAGCUGGAGGCAUACACCUUGUCUGAAUGUACCAACCACUGUUUGAAGGAUGCUGGUUGUAUUUCCGUCAACUAUCACAAGUUAUCUCGCGCACCAAGAAAGCUUUGCGUUCUCAACCGAGCAUCACAUACAACCAAUGAGGAUGACUUGGUGGCUGAUCGAGAUUACAUGUAUGGAUCAAUAGACGGACUGUAAGGAAAAAUGGAAGUGAAAAGAAAUUAAGAGACACUUGGGAUUUAAUAAAUUCUUAUUGCAUGAAACAACAUGUUUUGUGCUGCAAUGAGCGAUAAACGACAAAUCUGGGUACGAAUCCAAUGAUUCAUUUAAAUUUACACAAUUUUUUCUCACUUUUUUGCAAUUAAAGUUUCGCUGUAAAUUGAAUUUAUCCUAUCGUCGAAAGUCAUGAUUUUAAUUUUUUUAGAAAGGAGAGAUAUUUGUGUUGCCUCUAUAACUAAACAGAAGCGGCCUUGCUUCUUUUAUUUAUUUUAAAAUCUAGAUAAAGAUCAAUGCAUUUGUAGCCCAAUAGUUGCCUUGUUGGAAAGUGCUUUUGUAUCCACAACACAAAACUAUUAUAUUAGCUUAGCUAAUAAAUCCUCCCUCUCUCUCGCAUAGUGCAACCGCAAGCCUACUGUAUAGCUAAAAUAUAUCAUACAGUGCUAGAGAGUGAACAGAGAGGUGCAUAAGGGGAGUUUGGAUGGCUCCUUGGUUCAUGUUCCUAAGAAGCUGGUGACAUCGUUCAUACACAAAGCUGAACAAUCACCCUCAUUCCGCGCACACCCUCACUGCUCACCUGUACAUACUGUACAUAUCGGGACAUACCGUCACAAGUACAAGUUUCACCGACAUCCCAUUGAAAUACUUGUCAUCAUGACUAUUCCAUGAAACGCUGCUCUGAUCGCCAUUCAAUCAAUGUUGUACCAUCCAAAGUGAAAUGAGAAGGCACAUCUAAGAGCAUUUUGAACAAGUGGGAUCGAAUGUGCACAGUGAUUGAGAAAGUUGUAACAUAACACGGGUUAUCUGUAAAAUCUAGAAUAUUUUUUGUUAUUUAUCCUCGAAAAGUAAAUUAUUUGUAAAUAAAUAAGUGAGAAAUAUCGAGACAAUGAAUAAAAGAUAUCUAUGCAAUCAUAGUAA